UAAAGAGUGUAUUUCCAAGAAUGUCAGUUGUUGUUUACYUGACGUGAGGGAUGUAUUCUUGGAAAAACAGGAAGAAACCUAGCGUUUCUUAGAAAACGAUUAAUAUGUGGAACCAGUAGAUACGAUUGGUACAAAUAUGAUGCUUGUAGGAUACAUUUAAAUUGUUAAAAAUGCCCAAAUCGUUCAUCAUAAUGUAGCGUAAAGAUCUUCAAGCUUUGAACUGCGUCUUGUCACCGAGAAGGUAUGGCAAAGAGUGCUGCUUCAAACACAACCUUGGUUGGUACUGAACUCUUUAAAUCCGAAGUAACGAAGGUAUUGCUAGCUGAGAAAGACCGUAAAUUAGAAACCUGCCAAUUUAAGUUAGCUUACGAAAAGCAAUUUGGCAAACAAUUCAAUCAUCAGAAAUAUGGAUUCUUGAAGAAAAAGUUGACGGGAUAUUUUGAUGAUGUAGGUGAUGUCGUUAGCUUUGAAAACGAAAGAAAAUUCAUAGUGUUGAAAGAGAAAGCAAGUGUCUCACAGAAUAAACCAACGCCUAGUCAAGUUUCUUCUUCAUCAGAAAGUUUAAAGGAUGGAAACAGGACAAACAGUGUGCAAUCACUCCAAAAAUGUAAAACAAGAACCAGCAGCAUUCGUGGUGCAGGUCUUAUUGAAUCAACUUCCAAAUCUGCAACUGAUGUUAAAGAAAAGCAGUUAGUUAGCCGUCUACCUACAGAACUGUUCUCUUCAGAUGAUUUGUCAUCAGGCAUUGAAAGAUUCAAAGCUAAAGCUGUUCAUCAAGUGAAAAGUCUAUCUGAUUCCAACAAGCAAGAACAAGAAAAGAAUAGAGUAGGCACAGAAACAUUUGACAGUAUCGAUCAAAGUCUUUCCGGAUCAUCUUUGAUUGAGAGUCUUCCAUCAUCAUCACCUAUAAACCAUGAAAACAGUAGAAUGAAUUCAUGCGGAGAUAGAAGUACAGAGGAAAUCCCAAACAGUGAGUUAGAAAGUUACCCAAAGCAUCUUUUUAUGGAUCAUCCUGUUCCAAGUACUGAUUCAGUUAAUCCUAAAAAACCCUUAUCUGGUGUCAAUCUUUUCAAGUCUGAAGUCAAGCAGCUCUUGCUCACACAGCCAAACUAUACUCUGGAUGUGGGAAGAUUUAAGUCUAGCUACAAAGCUGAAUUUAACAGCAAUUUCAGCUCAAGAAAGUAUGGAUUUACAACAAAAAAGGUAUCAAAGUCAUUGGAGAACAUUUUGGAUGUUGUAAUUCUUGAAAAUAUUGGAAGCAGUCUUUUCAUGAAACUGAAAGAUAAAUCUGAUCCUCAAGCAUUUGAUCUAAAACCGCUUACAACACCGAAGCCUAUUGACUCAAAGCAACCAGAYGUUCUGUGUCAGUCAAGUCUAAUGUCAACUCCAAUACCAGCAGUAUCUCUUAAUACAAAGCAGGCUCCACUUGCCAUACCUACACCAGUUACCCCAGGGUUUCAAGGCAAGAGUUCCAAGGCCAGAGAUUCAGGCCUUCCAGCUACUACCAUGACAACAGGCCUUCAAGCUACUACCAUGACAACAGGCCUUCAAGCUACUACCAUGACAACAGGCCUUCAAGCUACUACCAUGACAACAGGCCUUCAAGCUACUACUAUAGCAACACCAAUUACCUCUUCUAAAAAGAUGGUGCCUUCUCUUGCAAGCAUUAUGAAGGAGCAAAAGGCACAGUCUCUGGAAGAACCAGUUGAUUUCCCAAGUCUACCUGCUGGACCAUCACCAUCUACCAAACCCAGACAUUCAAAGAUGAGAAACCCCAGUCAUGAUGUAGUAGAUGAACAACGCUGUUUAGAUACUCCCGGCCCAUUUGAAGAAUCAUUUAAAUAUGCUUAUGAUACGCCACUAGCAAGUUCUUCCCUCAAGAAAAGUGCCAGUACGAAGAUGUCAUCUCAAGAAAUCAACGAGAUAGCAAAGCAGGUUUGGGAGAGCAUUUCAGCUGAUGGUGAGCAUGUAUCAUUGGAAAUAGUCAAAGUCAGGCUUUGUAAAAGGCUUGGAGUAAAACAGCUUAAUGAGUUGGGAUACAGAAAACCUGACAUAGACAUCACAGUUCUCAAGGAUUUAAGUAGACUUCUUUGCAAGCUUGAUCUGUAUUGCCGUGCAUAUGUAAUGGUACACAGCAUAUCAACAUUAAGUGAACUUGGACAAGGCAUGGCAAGACUCUUGGACAAGAAAGACUUCCUUGAUCUGCAAGUUGGUCCGCUAGUCAAGCUACCUGUGGUAUAUGAUCUGUUUAAAGCACCAUCAGAGGAUGUCAUGAUGCAUCAAGUCACUACUGUACACAUACUGAAGCAUCUUAACCAGUACUUGACCAAGGAGGAAAAAUGGACUAGCAAGGUUGAUUUACAGGACUUCAUGCAGUACUUGUGUGAUAGAUAUCAGUGUUCUACUCCCUAUGAACUUGGUGUACGGAUACAGAGUAUASGCUUGGGAAUAUCUGUGUUAAAGAGAGCUCAGAAGUCUCAAAGUGAAAAAUCCAAGGAGGUAGAACAAGAAUUAGCAAUUGACAUGGAAAGAGAAAUAGAAAAGAGGUGCAGGAAAAUCAAAGAUGAUCUGCUGGGAUCUUCACAUGGUGAUGAGAGAAGUGUCCUACACAAGCUCUUGGGUUCGUCUGUAGUUGAUAUUCUCACCGUAGUCUUCAAUCAUUGUAAAGACAUGUUCAAACCAAAAUCCUUUGAAAAGGUUAACAAGUUUCUGAACACAGUGACCUCAGAGAAAUCAUUCAGGGAUCUGUUCAAUUUGGCACUUCACAUGGGCUGUAAAGAUAUUGUGAAGGAUGUGUUGAAGGACUAUGGAUCAGAGCUCUUAGAAGAAGAGAGAAAAAGCAGGACACAAGAAACAGCUUUACCACCAAAAAAAGGUCAAUUAAUAAAAGAGGCAAAAGAUUGGUUAAAUGGGGCUGAAAAAUUAGAUCUCUCUACGUUGGCAACAAUUGAAACCAGACUUUUAAAUCGUUUCUCUGGAUUUGAUGAGUUUUCUGCAUUUGGUUAUGGUACAUGGUUGGAGUUUUUGAACAGUGAAAAAGAGCUUUGUAAGUUACUUGAGGAUAAAGGUGUAUCAGCUUGUGGUGGAUCAAGGAAUAGCAGACAUGAGGUGGAUUUGAACAGUGUGUUGGACUUCAUUAUUCAAUGUGGAACAAGAGCAACUGAGGAUUUGGUGGAGCAUGCAUUGUGCAGUCAUUAUCAUGUACCCAGUGUAACAGACCUCGGUGCUAAAUCUUACAAAACCCUAGCAAAACAAGCCCUUCAAAGAAAACAUAUACAACAAUCUGUGGUCUAUGAAUUAGCACUUGUUUGUAAAGAUGGUGACACGAGCAUCCUUCAUCAUCUACAUCCAAACACUACUGAUAGAGCAAAACCAAGAGCUGGUUUAUUAGGAUGGAAGAGUGCUGAUGAUGCAGUGAGGUCACUAGCAAGUGCACCAUUACUAGCCGACAUGAAGGAAUGGACACAAUGGGAUGCAGUAUUCAAACCAUGUUUAGGUGAUUUGAAGCUCUUUAUUGCACAAGUAUCUCUCAAGAAACGUGAUGAUGGUAUCCAACUUCAAGCCUUAGAGACUGAAGAGGGACGACUUUUGAAAGUAAACACUGAUGUGAGCCCAGAUGAUCUUAAAAAGUCUGUUGAUAAGAAAGAUGUUAUUGAGACAACAGGUAUUCUCGUUUCCUUGGUAAUCAAAUAUGGUGGUAUCCAAGCAACGCCUCUUGCAUUGAUAGUCAACCACAUGAGAUCUGCAUUGUUGGCGUUGGCAUCAACUGAUCAAGCGGAUGAUGGUCAAAGAUGUGCUCGUUUUGUUCUUCAUUGUUUGUGUAGGUUACCUCAUAGGAUAUGUGUUGCUGUAGCAUCUAAGGUAUUUUUAGAACCCCUAGGAGCAGCAGUAGGAACAACUUUGUCAAAUCAACUUGUCCUGUCCUGCUGUGACAGCUAUCAGCAGAGGUCCUGUCUUCAUCGGCUGGGUCUCUCUCUUGGUCACACAGAAUGGAUUGAAGACUUUAAAUCUGUUAUGACUGGUGAAACAGAAAAUCAAGCAUUAGAAGAAGAGAGAAAAAAGAUAUUCCAGGAGUUGCGGCCAGUGGCCAUCAUCAAACCAGUGACAGCAGAACCAAUCAAACAAGAAGAAGUAGAAGUAGAAGAGGAGGUACUGGAGAAGGAGGACACACUAGUGAAGGAAGUGAUUCUGGAAGAAGAUCAAGUGAUUGAAUUCUCAGCAGCAGGUGAAACACCAACACCACAAGGUGCCAUUGAAUGCAGUCAUCAACAGGUUUCAAUAGAUGAGGAAGAGGAAGAUGAUAAUUCAGAACAGAAUCCCUGUGAAGCCUUGAUUGAAAGCAUUCGCAAAGAGGAGUUUGGAAUUGGAGUUACUCUUGGUGAAGAGGAAAGCAAACUUGUGCAAAAGCAGCGUGAACGUGAAGGAAGAAGUUUACAUCGUUUAUCUUCAGAACUUUACAGCAGAGAUACACAUUUUGUGUUGGAAUUGAUCCAGAAUGCAGAUGACAACACCUUCACGACUGACUCACCUACUCUAGUCUUUGUUAUUGAACCCCACAUGGUGGUUGUUCUCAAUAAUGAAGUAGGCUUCAAAGAGGAAAACAUCAGAGCUUUGUGUGAUGUAGGAAAAAGUACCAAGGGUGCCCAUCAAUAUGGCUAUAUUGGUCAAAAGGGUAUUGGAUUCAAGUCAGUUUUUCGUGUGAGUGAUCGGCCUGAAGUACAUUCAAAUGGAUACCAUAUCUGUUUUGAUGCUAACAGUGGCCCAUCGGGAUACAUACUUCCACACUGGAUAGAUGAUCACAAGAUGAUGCCAUCAGUUAAUGGGAGUCAACAACCAUCUGACAUACUAAAUGAUCUACAGCUAGAUCGUUGGAUGACAAGAAUAGUUCUUCCACUGAAGGAGGAAUUUCAUGGUGACAAGAAGAAUUCAUUGUCUGCACGCUUUAAUGAUGUUCAUCCUUCUUUACUCCUCUUCCUUCAUCGUCUUCGCAAGAUCAUCUUGGCCAAAAAGAAUAAAGUUCAACAGAUGACAAGACAAGAUCUUGGUGAUGAUAUUGUUGAAAUAAGUGAUGGUAAUGGAACAAACCAUUGGUUAGUGGUAAAGAAACAACUGAAAGUAAAGGAGGCAAGAGAGAAUGUAGAGAUGACAGAACUAGCCUUAGCAUUUCCAAUGACUGAACAAGAGAAGAUGUCAAGUAGUGAGCUUCAUGCGAAACCCUUACCAGUACAGAAUGUGUUUGCUUACCUUCCCUUGAGAAGCUAUGGAUUCAAGUUUAUUAUUCAAGGUGAUUUUGAGGUACCUUCCUCUCGUGAAGAUGUGGAUAGUGACAAGGCCUGGAACCAAUGGUUACGUGAAGAAAUCCCAAGACUAUUUGUUGAUGCUUUAGAAGUGUUUAAGAACCAUCCUCAUUUCCCAGGACUCUCAGGAGUUACAAAGUUCUUCCAAUUUGUUCCACUGAAAGAAGAAAUUCUGGAUUUUUUCACCCCAGUUGCUGAAAUCAUCCUCAGAUAUUUGCAGGGGAUGGAUUGCCUUCCAGUUACGAAAGUUGUUGAAGAUGUGAGCAAACAAAGUGUUGGUUCACAAUAUGAUUGGAUGCAACCAUGUAGAGUUGUGGUUUGUGAAGACCCAGACAUUGUGGCAGUGAUUUCUCCAGAACUUCUCUACAGACACUUGGCCCUGCAUUACCUGGCGCCUGACCUCAUCUCUACUAUCAACCCUGCUUUGAGAGAAGAACUUGGUAUCACAACAUUAUCUGUUAAGCACUUAAUUGAUGUUGGAAGGUCUGUAAUUAAAGGGGACUUAUCAGGAACAACACAAGACAAUGCAAAGAGAGUUCAGUGGAUUUCUCAGUGGCUGUGCUGUGUUUAUCGCUGUCUUGAAAGGGAACAUAACAGUAGUUCGGAGAUACUGGAACAGAUUGCUGCUUUGAACAUCUUCCCUCUCAGCGAUUACACAUUUGUAAACCUGAGAGACAAUGCCAUCUUCUUUCCUCUCUCCACAAACCAGCAAACAAUGAAGCAAAAGAAAAAACGGUCCAGUGCCAAAUACCUCCAAGAGCUCGAAAAAGAUCUUUUGGUGUUGAACCCUGAGCUAUUAGACCACUUAGAGAAUGUGGGACACAGCCAAGUGGAAAAACUACUGCAGCAAUUGGGUGUAAAGAGCUGGACGGCCAAAGAUGUCAUCCAUAACCACAUACUGCCAACUUUGAAGUCUGAUAAAUGGAAGGAAAAGACAAAUGAAGUACUGCAGUGUUACUUGGUAUAUGUGUUCACGGAGCACAUGUCAGAUAGGACACUCUGUGAUCUAGAUGAACUGAAAGGUUGUGCUCAAGUCUUGACAAACAAGGGACCAGUAAACCCAAGCAAAACUCCAGUGCAUUUUACGAGCAAAUAUGGAAAUCACUUGAAUCUUAGUAAAGAUAUUCCAAGCAUCUCUUGGACCCUCAUUAGUGACUGCUAUCUGCAUGAAACCCCAGAACACCACGUACAGGAAUGGGAAAAGUUUUUCUCUGCUCUUGGUGUUCAACAUUUUCUGGCCAUAGAAAGAAGGCAUGUCAAAUUGAACAAGAUAACAAUUGAUUCCUCACCUUGGGCUCCAUAUUAUGAAUCAUGGCCAAAGACAUCUGAUGGUGUAUAUGUGAUUGAAGACUUCUGCUGCGAUGAGUUGGAUGAGUUCAUGAGUAAAAGAGUAGACCCACAACAAGCUAAGGUCGUUGCAGAAAACCUUGACAAACAGUGGACAAAUCACUACUCGAAGUAUGCAGAAAAAAUACCACUGAAAGAUGGGGAUGGAAAAGAACUUUAUGGCCACAGCACUCUAUCGUCAUUCUUAUUGACCUUGAAAACCAAAGAUUGGCUUCCUGUGUUGCAGUCUAACACAUGUAGUGUGCCCAGUGAACUAUACCUUAACGGUAAGGAAGUGUACGACGUUUUGGAUGACCAUGUACAAUAUGUUGGUGCAAAUCUACAGGACUCAUCCUUUGCGAGGACCCUGGGCAUAACUUCGAUCAUAACACUGGAUGAUCUUCUUCAUAACUUGAUAGAAUGGUCCAAAACCUCCCAGUCGAAGGUUGCUGAUCAAGGAAGGGGCUUUGUUACAUCACUUGCACAUAUGAAAAGAGUUUAUCAGUUUGUUCAUGAAAAGUUUGAGACAUCUACAAGUGAUGAUAAAUCCAAGAUCACCAGUGUCUUUCAGAAGAAUCCAUUAAUUUUCUUUCCGCAUGAUUCAUUCUUGGCCAAAGAAAAGCAAGAUCAGAAGCAAGUGGGUGAGUUUCAUCACAAAAAAGAAGUGUGCUGGAAAGAUCCCUCUGAUGUGACGCAUGAGCUUGUCAAAUCAAGGAAAUACACUGCUAAACGUCAAAUUCUCUCUACUUGCUACAGCAAAUACUAUGACUUCUUCAAAUGUUGUUUGGAAGUGGACCUCACUCCACAUUCAGAUGAGUAUAUUGAAAUGGCAUCUGUCUUGGUCAAUGAAAACCCUGUACCUACUCCAUCAGUGCUGAAAAUGAUGAUUGAAAUUUUUGCUGUACUUGGUGGAAAGUGUUUGAAAAGACAAUUGACAGAGACGAACUAUACUCGUGUUGACAAUGCCAACUAUGCUCACACUGAACUUGAUUUGGAAGAAGAAGAGAUCAGUCCUGCUAUUGCUGAAUAUUUGAAAUCAAAACUUGCAACAGAAGAUAUUUUCCCUUGUGCUACUCGAUGGGUAUCCCUGUCAGUUAAGCCUGUAGUAGCUGAUGACAAAAGCCUGAAAAAAGUCUUUGAACAAGAAAAGGGUGUUCACUUCAUCGUACUAGAACAUCGCUCACAAAAGACAAGACGACAUGUAACAAAGAUUCAUGUUCAUGAAAAGAAAAUGGGAUUUGUGCAAGUUUUCUUGAGAGCUUGUGGUAUUCCCAAACUGAGUGCCUGUGUUGAGGAGUCAUUGACAACCAAUACAGUUGCAUAUCAGUGUCCUGAAGUUCAGCAGUACUUCCACCAAAUUGUACCUUGUGUGCAAAGAUACAUCUAUCACCAAAUACCUGAAUUGUAUUCCAAACUUGUGGGAAACAAGUUUCCCGAGAGGCUUGCUGAAACUACUUUCGCCAUUGCUGACAAAUUAGAAGUAGUAUAUCAUUUGAGACAUCUGCCACAAGUGACUGUUGUACAACAAACAAAGUGGGGUCAUGAAAAUCAUGAGAACAAGAUUUUCUUUUAUGCAGUUAGCAAUCAGAUGGAAAUAGCUCAACCAUUAAAUCGAGAAAUUGCAAAGCUUUUUGGUGCUGGAGGAACAGUUGUUGAUAAGAAGUUUGAAAAUUUUCUUGAACUGCUUCGAAUGAAUCUGGAGAAUGAUCUUGAAACUUUUCUAUUCAAUCAAGAUGUUGAAAGUUUGCCAGAGGAAGAAGAGAAAUGGUAUGUUCCAGCACCAGAAAUUCCAGAAACCCCAGAAAUUGUUGAAGAAGACCUAUUUGAGCCAGUUUUUCACACUGAAAAAGCUUCCUCCCGAGAAUACGAAAAUGAUGGAGCUUUACACAGCUGGCCUCCACGAGCUCCUGUCUCUGGAAUUAAUAGCAGAUCUUACCCCAGUGAGAACAGACCACAAGAAAAAUCUCUAGAAAUGUGGCCCGAACCAGAGCCACCUAAUUCAAUUAAGAACCAGAUAACCACAGAUAAGCCACUUCCAUUGCAGACAAACAAACACCCUGCAGAAUCAUCCAGUGAUAAUAAUGAUUGUCAAACAACAGGUGGAGUGGUUUUUAUGCAUGAUGUUGGUACAGAUGCCAAAGGUUUAGUUUCUCAUCAGCACAAACCAGAAAUUACCUCCGGAAAUGUUUCCCAACAAAAGACAGUAGCAUUAGAUGGAAGUGUUCAAAAAGAUCCAACAAAUCCUCAGAUAGAUUUAGAGAAGGAAGAUAAAGCAUCAGGAGAACAACCAGUACAAGCUUCACAUCUACGCAACACUGUUAAAGCUGAGAACGUUUCUACUGCUAUAUUUACACCUGACAUGAAAGUGAUUGUGCAAGAUCUAGAAUUUGAAAACUUGCCAACUGAAGAUGUAUGCCUGCCAGAUGUGUCUACCCUUCGUCAGAAUCCAAACAAGGAUGAAAUUGGUCGUUGGGGUGAGGAGUUUGUUUAUGAAUAUUUAAAAUAUUCACUGAAACCAGGUGAUGAAGCUUCUAUGAUUAACAUACAGUGGAUAAAUGAAAAGCAAAAUUCUGUUGCUCCAUAUGACAUUGAAAUCAGGGAAAAGGGUAACGGUCAAACCAUCACUUUCAUUGAAGUUAAAAGUACUUCUGGUGAAGAUAAGGAACACUUCGAAAUUUCUGCUGCAGAACUCAAGUUUGCUAUCGAACAAAGGGACAAGUUCCAUUUGUAUCGGGUCUUCAACGCUUGCUCAAGGGAAAAUAUACGCAUUCAAAGAGUUAAGAACCUUGCCGUACAUUUAGAGAACAAGUCAGUUAAACUUUUUAUGAUUCUUUAAAUACUACUAUGGAACUGAUGCAAUUCUUCAUUUCAUCUUAUAUGUUUUUUAACACUACAACCACCCAAGAGUUUUGCCUGAGGAAAACACCCAAAAUCCAUCAAAAUCAUAGGCUUUAGACCAUGGGUCUUAUUCACGCGGCAGCCAUGUUGAAUUGAACAAUAGAUUCCACCACGCGUAGCCUCAAAUUCAAGCGCUUGAGAAUUAAUUGAUGCUGGGGAAACAAAGGUUUUUAUUCUCAUGAGAAUCAACAUGGCCGCCGUGUGAUAAAGGCCCAUGCUUUUUAGCCAAAAUUGUCGAUUUUUAACAUUUUUUGAAUAAUUCGCAUAACUUUUGACAAGGUGUCAGAAACACCAAAAAUCCAUCAAAAUCAUAGGCUUUAGACCAUGCUUUUUAGCCAAAAAUGUCCAUUUUUAACAUUUUAUGAAUAAUUCGCAAGGUGUGAAAAAGAUUCAAAAUCCAUCGCAACCAUUGGCUAUAGUCCAUACUUUGUCGUAAAAAAAGCAAUGCAUUUGAAUAAUUUAUGGAUAAGGCAUGAAUUUGACAAAGGUGCGAAGAAAUCCAAAAUCCAUCAAAAAUAUUAGCUAUAGUCCACGCUUUUUCACCAAAAAUGUUCCAUUUUUAACGUUUAACGUCAUUAGUUAACGAAUGAAGCCAAAUACCCAUGCAUGGUUCCCUUGUAUUCUUAUCUUGGUUAUCGGGUAUCGAAAAAUAAAGUUAAAUAAACCAG